AUGGCGUCCACCCAGCCUCAAGGCUACGACAAGCUGGCCGUUCUAAUGGCCCGCGAUCCCGGCAUGGCUAUCUAUCGACGGUUUGCCAAGCUCAACGCAAAAAACCUCCUCUAUCUUCAAGCUGAGCUCUCCUAUGUUCAAGCUGACCUUGACGUUCUGAUCGAGGAAGAUGGCAAGAUCCCUGAAAAGAAAGAAUAUCCGUUUUCAUUGUGGGAUUUGAAAAAUGAUGAACAGUGCUUGCAAUGGAAGAAAGUUCUUGAAGCGCGCAAGCUGUUGAAAGAGUAUAACGAUGCCCUCCUACAACAAGCACAACUCCUCCGGCUCAGGGACCCUGAACCAUCCGAUUUUGAGAUAUUCAAAGAAUGGAUGAAUCGUGAAACAGUGAACACGAUUGGUAUUUCUCCCCCCUGUCAGUGGGGCGGAGAGAACGAAACCGAUCUGUUGGCGCUGUUCAAUCGCCAUGAGGGAAAGGAUGCUUUGACCCGGUGGGUGUUUACCAAAGGUAUCCCGUGGUAUCAUGAGAGGUGGGGAGUGAAGGAUACUAAUCGGCAAGACGCCCAAACUGGGGCCUACUUCUACGAUGACAAGACCAUCGAAUGGUGGACGUUUCUCCUUGGAUUGAUUAUGUGGGGAUCUCUGGCUGGAUCGUCGGUAUCCUUUUUCUUUCAUCUGAGAGAUGCGAUGGGGAAAGAAGCUGUUCUGCUUGUCUAUAACAUGAUAUUUGUCAUGUCGAUGACGUGGAUGUUGAAGGCGAGUUGCGUGGAGAUGUUUGUCAUUGCUACGGCCUUUACUGCGGAGCAGGUAAUCAUGCAUCUGACCGUGUAA